UUCCCGGAAGAGGCUCCCAGCAAAGCACUAACCUUCAAAAACUCACGUGGCGUUUGCAGUCUGGGAGGGACAGUCACAGAAAGGAAAAAGAGAAAAGUUUCUGUUGUUGUUGGAAGUCUUAUGUUGUUUUGCCUCCGCGCUUUACAGAUUUGGCGCAGUUGCUGUCUGGUCGGAUGCUGCAAACCAGAGAUACUAGUAUUGGACAAUAGCAAAAUACCCUGAACCUGCUCUGCUAGCGGACCAGGCUUGUUUCCUACAUUGAGCGAAAAUGACUUCUGGCAGAACUGGCUUGCGUCUGGCUGCUUGUCUGCUAAACAUUUCAGAAGGAAGAAGAAAGGACGUUGUUGAGAAAGUAGCAAGAGCUGCGGUUUGUGAGGAUAACGGUAAGAAUAAUCCUCUCCCAGCAACUGUGCUUAAUAUAUUUUCUGACUAUGACUAUAACAGGUCCGUCAUAACUAUUGCAGCUCCAGUUGACAGACUGGAUAUAGCAGAGACCCUGGUCUGCCGUGUUCCUGGAUGCAGCAUAUUUCUUUUUGGGCAAGCUCAUCUCCCAGAGAAGCAAAGUCUGGUUCAAAGAAGAAAACAGCUGGGAUGGUUUAACCGUAGAGCUUUCAAUGCAGCCACUGUUAUCCCCGAUGUAGGACUGUCGCCUACCUUAAGACAUGGUUUAACAGGGGUCGGGGCCAGCCCUUACGUGAUGAAUUGCAACGUGACGGUCGACACGCGAGACUUGGCUACGGCCAAGGCAAUCGCAGGCUCCGUCCGGGGCAGUAGUGCCGGAGGCCUGGAGGGCGUGCAGUCGAUGGCUUUCCCACACAACGGGCAAAUCGAAAUAGCGUGCAAUGUGGAAAGCUUUGAGGGCCAUGACACCAGGUGGGCCGCGGCCGGCCAAUCGGGAUAUGUUUCCUACAGCAUUCUCGGGAGAACGUAUCACUACGUGUCGCCUUGGCUGAUAGAAGCUUCCAUUCAGAAGGCGGCUAGAGACCGCGGAGUAAGCACUGUUGGGACCGCGCUGGUUGGGUUUACGCCGGAGGAAUGCGCACGGUGCGCUGCCUACGCAUUGACAAGCGGUGUCCGUGAAUUCUGGAGGGUGCGGGGCGGCGUUUUCAUGUGAUAGCUUUGCUGUUUGCUGGUUUUAAAUCGGGGUGGAGAACCUCAGACCCUGGAGUGUCAUGUGACUCUCCAAGGCUCUCUUCAUGCCCUCUCCCCAGACAGACUGUUGCCCCACUCAGUGAUCCUCAAAUGUUUUUGCCUGGCUGGAGCGCAUCAUUGAACUCUGACCCUGGCUCUAGCUUGCCUGUAGGGAGGAUGGAAAGGGUUGUGGCAGAUUGUGUGGAAAUUAGCCUACUGUACAAAGGUAAAAAAAAAAAUUACACUACAGUAAUUGCUGUGCCCAGUUUUACCUCUGGUGCUGCCCACCGCUGGUAUGAAACUUCCAGAAACCUGCCAUCACUGUUUAAAAUUCUUCUCCUUGCUAAUUCCAAGGCAACCUUUGGGGGCCAGGAGACUAAUGUAUCCUGGCAAAGUAGAAGACCGUUAUAUGUGCAUUUAUGUGGAGUGUAUCCAACUAACACUUUGCUCAGAAUUAGGACAUCCUGGAUUAGACCAGAAGUUCAUCCUUUUUUCACAGUGGCCAACCAGAUGCCUAUGGGAAGUCUGUAAGCAGGACUUGAAUGC